AUCAAACACAGUGAAUGAGACGCGCAGCCUGUCCCAGGUACCCGACAAUGUGUUGCGUCUCCGACAAAUGAAAAACGCGCUCCGCGGUGAUUCCUCGACAAAAAAGAGAAAUAUUUGCGCUCGAUACUUCGUAACAAUCUGGAAUAAUACAGUUGUGAGUGAUUAAAGCGAGGAAGAAUCGACCUCCUUGUUGCCAACGUGAAAAGGGGAAUUUUGACGGACAUGAAGACCAAAAAGGGUGUUUUGGCGAUGUCAGGAAGCGAGACGGAGGAUGAGGACAGUUUGGAUGUGCCUCUUGACCUCUCUUCGAAUGGAGGAGUGUCAGGGAAGAGGAAGAGGAGAGGAAACUUGCCCAAAGAGUCGGUACAAAUACUCCGGGACUGGCUCUACCAACACAGAUACAAUGCCUAUCCAUCAGAGCAGGAAAAAGCCCUGCUGUCCAAGCAGACCCAUCUAUCCACACUACAGGUUUGCAACUGGUUUAUAAAUGCGCGGCGACGACUCCUUCCUGAGAUGCUCCGGAAAGAUGGCAAGGACCCCAACCAGUUCACCAUCUCGCGGCGGGGCAGCAAGGGUGGCGAAAUGCUCAGUGACAACUCCCAGUCCCCGAAACACGGUCUGCUCGCCAACGGAGAAGACCGCAACAGCUACGAGCCUGGCUCACCUCACCCGACCAGCAACACACCCACUUCCAACGGUUACCCCAAAAAGGCCCUGUCCCCUAAAACACCUCCCUCGCCCGGACCUGUCUUACCCAGACCCUCCGUCAUCUGCCACACCACUAUCACCACAGCCACGCAAGGCAUCAACACAACAACGCGCCUCGGCGUCGAGGGAGCCACAGAGCUGCCACUCACAGAUGCGGCCAGCCUAUUCGGGUGUCGAGGGGAGGGUAACGUCAGCCCUCAGAGCGGCCUGUUCAACACCCCUCCGCCCACCCCACCCGACCUCACCCAGGACUUCAGCGGUUUCCAGCUGCUGGUUGACGUAGCGCUGAAGAGGGCUGCCGAAAUGGAGCUGCAGGCCAAAAAGCUCCUCGCCUGAAGAAAAAAAAAACGGAUGGAGGAAUUAAAGAGCUUCAUCGAUGUUUGUUUUUCGCCCCCCCCCCCAAAUGUGAACUCCACUGGGAGUUCAUAAAAAACUUGACUGAGCAACAAAGCAAACUAGCAUGGCCUGAUCAUUUCUAUUUUUGGUAAAUCAAAUUGAUGAGGAUUCCUUUAUGUAAAGCAUUUCAAGGUGCCUUGGCAGUUCUUUUUUUUGUAUUCCAUUUAUAUGUAAAUAAAUAUGUAUCUUCAUUUUGUACACAGGGGACCAAAAUCAAACACAGUAAUACGACUUCCUUCUUUACGAGAAGACGAGCUUUUCUCCCAUUCCUCAUGAGUCUUUCUUUCUCGUUUUCAGAGAUUCGGCUCUAUGAUUGUCAAUUUAUGCCUCGUUUUUAGAGAACACGUCUGAUAUUCUGCCUCGUUUUCUUUUGCACAAUAUGGCAGGUCAUCUCAGUAUCUUAUCAACUCUAGCUUUCUCUCCAACAGACUCUAAUCACUACUGCACCAGGUCAUUCUGUGUCUCAUAGAUGUUCAGUUCUUUUGUAUUUUCUUUGUUGUUGUAAAGUUUCAGAUGCUGUUAGUACGUUUGUUUUCUUCAUUACUCUCGAGGGAUAUUCAGAUGUAGCAGAACUAUAGUCUGAGAUUUCCUCUGAAUACUCAGUGUAGAAACGGCCAGUGAAUGUGCCCACAUACUUCCCUCCCCACCCCUACACACACAUACAUACACGCAAACAAAUACACACCUUGGACAAGUGAGCUGGAAGAAUAAAACACUACAUGAAUCGUAUUAAGUUUUUUUGUUUUGUUUCUUUUUUUGCUGUUUAUUACGUUGAGACCACUUUCAGAGGAUAAAAUGAAAAGAAUGGUUUUAUGUCACCAAAUAUGUUGAUUUCAAGGUUUUGGGACCUUAGACCAGUGCAUUUACAGUAGCCAAUGUGACAUGAUGCCCAAUGAUGUGACUUCUCCUCCUUACUGUGCAAUGUAUGUGGCAAAUAGGGGUCACACGGUGUUUAAAUAAAGUUUUGUUUUCUACAAAA